AUGGCCGAAUCUACCCCGUAUUUCGCGGUCUCAACACUGCAGGUCGCACCUGAGAACAUGGAGAAGGUGGUUGAGUUCUUCACCAAAGUCGGGAAAGAAACAGAAGCAAAAGAGCCAGCUGCCAAGAUCUACCGUUGGUUUAAGACCGAGGGCAAAAACGAAUUUGUUUUCAUUGAAAAGUUCGACAGCCUGGAGGACUAUCGUGCCCACCAACGAUCUGAUCAUGUUCAGGGAUUGUAUGCUGAAUACAAGAAGUACCUGCCCGAGCCGUUUGUCUUUCAUUUCAUGGAUUUGCAAGGUGUUGGGCCCGGAGGGUUUGACCGAUCGUGA